AUGCCUUCCAUUAACACCCUCAUCGCGGCUUUCCUUGUGGCGGCCGUGUCUUUUGUGAACGUGGUCGAGGCGCAGGCCCCCGGCACCUUCACGGACGAGAACGUGCGUCAUCAGAAGUGCAGUAAGGGCUGCGUGGCGGGUCUGCUCGUGAUGGCCGGCGUUGCCGCCGUCUUCUUCUCUGGGGUGAUGUGCUUCGCCAUCUGGCCUGCCGCGGAGCUGACGAGCCGCCAGGAGAAGCGUGCCGCCGCCCGCAAGCGCAUUCAGGAGCGCAAGGAGGCCGAAGAGGAGGCCCGCGCCAAGAACGAAGCUCUCAAGGACGAUGAGUAA